UCUCGGCAGCUCUGACUCCAGUUGAACGGGAGCCAGCCGUGUGUGAACAUGGCAGCUCCGUUGAGCAAGGCAUGCGAGGCUAUAGAGCGGUCCAUCCGUGCCCGGGUGCCCCCCAUGCUGACGGACCUAUACCAGUUUACCAUGGCUUAUGCCUAUUGGAACUCCGGACGGCACAACGAGCCCGCCGUGUUCGAAUUGUUCUUCAGGGAGAACCCCUUCGGCGGCGGCUUUUCGCUGUUCUCCGGUGUGCACGACUGUCUGCUGUUCUUGCGAAACUUUCGCUUUACGGAAGAAGACGUGGAGUACCUUCGGUCUGUUCUACCUCCCACCACCAACCCCGCCUUCUUCCAAUUUCUGCGGGAGCUGGACUGUUCCGGGGUGACCCUGCGCGCCGUUCCUGAGGCGACUGUGGUCUUCGCCAGGGUGCCGCUCAUGGAGGUGGAUGGUCCUUUGGCUGUGGUCCAACUGUUGGAGACCAGCUUGCUGUGUUUAGUCAACUAUGCCAGUCUGGUGUGUAGUAACGCUGCCCGGUUCCGCCUGGCCGCGGGGCCCGACAGAAAGCUGCUGGAGCUGGGUCUCCGGAGGGCCCAGGGCCCGGACGGUGGACUCACCGCCUCGCGAUACACACACAUAGGAGGCUUUGAUAUGACCAGUAACGUGCAGGCGGGAUUCCUGUUCGGCAUCCCUGUAGCAGGAACCAUGGCCCACUCUUAUGUCACUUCCUUUUCCUCCCUGGAGGAGGUGUGGCCUCAGACUCUCCUGCCGGCGGACGGAGAGAAGGACCCAAUCGACCUGAUCUCGCUCACCAAGGGCCUUCUAGGUCGUCUCUGUGAGCUCCUGGGGGCGGAGCCUGCGAAGAUCCAUGAGGGCGAGCUGGCAGCUUUCCUGUCCUAUGCCAUCGCCUACCCUGGAAACUUCCUGCCUGUGAUUGACAGCUACAGUGUUAGCUGUAGUGGGCUGCUGAACUUCUGUGCGGUUGCCAUGGCACUGAUUGAGCUGGGCCACCAGCCGCGGGGGGUGCGUCUGGACAGUGGCGACCUCUGCAGGCAGUCGGUGGAAGUACGCCGCGUCUUCAAACACUGCGCCAAGCAAUUCUCCGUCCCUGUGUUCGAAUCUCUGAUCAUCGUUGGGACCAACAACAUCUCAGAGCAGAGCAUGAUGGAGCUCAGCAAGAAGGAGAACGAAAUCAAUGUGGUGGGAGUGGGAACCCACUUGGUAACGUGCACAAGGCAGCCGUCCUUGGGAUGUGUGUACAAGUUGGUGGAGGUCCGGGGGAGCCCCAGGAUGAAAUUCAGUGAAGACCCAGAGAAGAGCACUGUUCCUGGGAAGAAGGCUGUGUACCGUCUGCUGGACAGCGAGGGUCACCCCCUGAUGGACCUGCUGUGUCUCUCUGAGGAGCCCCCUCCCCUGGCGGGACAGACCCUCCGCUGCUACCCCCUGGGACAGGAGGCCCACCUAGCCGUCACGCCCACACAGGUCACAUGUCUACGGCAGGAAGUGUUCGCCAAGGGACAGAUCACACAGCCUCUAUGCAGUGAUGCUGAAUGCAGAGAGAAAGUCCAGAGGUCCAUUCAGAACCUGGACCCCCGACACAAGAGAUUACAGGACCCUGAACCUUACAGUGUGGCACUGUCUGAUAAACUCCACAAGCUGAUAGCAGAGAUCCGCAGAGGAACCUCGGCCAACGGGAAAUUCCUGUUGAACAACUAGGAGAAGUGAGAGGAAGAGGAGAGAGAGCGGGAGAGAGACACACUCGUUUUUGUACUUGAACAUGUUUGUACUGUUAAUACCAUGCCAAUGCUUGUAAGCAAGUGUUCUGCCAAUAUCUACUUCCUUGAACAGAAUUCGAGAAAGCAAUAACUAAUGUUUAUUGUGUAAUUUGAUAUUUCCUUGCUAAACCUAAAAAUAUCUCACUCUAGGGUUAGUGGGUAUUUUCUUAAGAAUAAUAUAAUACAAUGGAAAUUAUUGUUUUUUCUUACGAAGGCGUUAAGCCUGUCUCUUCUUUACUAAAACACCAUAAUUUAAUCACCAGUCAGAUGGAUAACUGGGGAGUGUACUUUCAUUUCAAAAUAUUGACUUCAGGUAUUUGUAUCUGACUUAAAUACUUUCUCAUCAGUGUUUUCUUCAAACUUUUUCAGAUUUUUUUAAAGUAAUCUGCCUAUUGGCUAAGAUUCUGGGUCAUGACCAAACUUCCUCAAUGAAAAUGUUUACACCAAAUAUUUUCUUGUUAUACAGGUAUAUUAAAUCUGUCUUCUGUAUAUACUA